UCUGAGCGAUAAAAGCUCCACCCGAAACCGGCUCCGUAGCUGCCGACAGACGACUGACAGAGAUAAUCGGAUGUUUCUGUUUUGUUCGUAGAAAGAAAUUUAGUGUUCCUCUAAAACUCUUUUACGAGAUGAUUUUAAAGCUUAAAAUUGUUCUCUCGCUGUUACUUUUAAGCUUUAAAUUAUGUUUCAGCGAGAAAGCUAUUGACUCAAGGAUACCGGAGGGUUUCCAGAAAGGCACCCAUACUAAUAAUUGGGCGGUGCUCGUUGAUACAUCAAGAUUUUGGUUCAAUUACCGGCAUGUAGCCAAUGUUCUUUCAAUUUACAGGAGUGUGAAGAGACUUGGUAUUCCUGACAGUCAGAUUAUACUUAUGGUUGCGGAUGACAUGCCCUGUAAUCUGCGAAACCCACGUCCAGCGACAGUGUUCAACAAUGCUAAUGAGCACAUCAAUGUUUAUGGGGAUGAUGUUGAAGUUGACUAUAGAGGCUAUGAGGUCACUGUUGAAAAUUUCCUCCGGUUGCUAAUAGGAAGACUUCCUCCUGGCACACCGAGGUCAAAACAAUUGUUGUCUGAUGAAGGCAGCAAUGUUUUGGUGUAUUUGACAGGCCAUGGUGGUGAUGGCUUUUUAAAGUUCCAAGAUUCUGAGGAAAUUUCUAGUCAAGAACUGGCAGAUGCUGUCGAGCAGAUGUGGCAAAAACGAAGAUAUAAUGAAAUGUUUUUUGUCAUUGAUACGUGCCAAGCAUCAUCUAUGUAUGAUAAGAUGUAUUCUCCAAAUGUCUUAGCAGUGGCAAGCAGUUUAGUUGGUGAAGAUUCAUUGUCUCACCAUGUUGAUCCAGCCAUAGGUGUAUACAUUAUUGACAGAUACACAUAUUAUGCUUUAGACUUUUUGGAAAGAGUAGAACCAGAUAGCCGAAAGACUUUAGGAGAAUUUUUGAAAGUUUGCCCCAAACGGUUAUGCAUUUCAACUGUUGGAGUCCGUCGUGAUUUAUUCAGAAGAAACCCGGACAAGGUUCUUAUAACAGAUUUCUUUGGUGCUGUAAGGCCUGUAGAAGUUGUUGCUGGAAUGGAUACAAAUUGGCCUUUAAAGGCAGAUGGAGGACUUCAAAAUAGCUCAAUUGAUACUUCCUACAAGAAACCACUACAAACAUCAGCAGUGAAGUUUGUGUAUGCUCACCAGUUUCCUCCAAAUUCUUAAGAUGUGUGUUCUAUGAUAUUUUUUUAUUUUUUGUGAAAACACCAAUUGUGAUAAAGCAUUCGUACCAUAGUGUAAUAUUUGUUUAAAAUAAACCAUCUCUAUAAGAGUUGAAAA